AGAGAGGGGAGAGGGCCCUUGCGCGAUGCUGUGAAUCUUUGCGCGGAUGGUCUUGGCAUUCUCGCGGCUUCGCAGUCAGAUCAGUCUAACUGCACUCCUCCACCUGAACGGCAGCGUCUUUCCCUUCGCCACCAAAGUGGCCUUUCCAUGUGCCGCCGUGGCCUUCGUCCUGAAGUUGGCGCAGGUGGAGGAGUGGCCAAAGCUCAGUGAAGCCUUAGCCCAUGCCGAGAUGGAUGCCACGGUCUACAACGCCUUCUCGACGCUGCUGGGGAUCUUGGUGGUCUUCAGAACUGGCCAAGCCUACAAUCGAUUUUGGGAUGGGAGCACUCUCACGCACCAGAUGCGCGGAGACUGGUUUGAUGCCGCGAGCAGCAUCAUCUCCUUCACAAGGACCUCCAAGGCGGAUCGCGCCAAGCUCUGGGAGUUUCGGCAGAUCGUCGUCCGGCUCUUCAGCAUGCUGCAUGCAUUGAGCCUGGCUGAGCUAGAGGACGAUGAUGAUGAAGAUGAGGAUCGCUGGGCCUAUCGGUUGCGUGUGAUUGAUGGCGUUGGCAUCGACAUUACCUCCUUGAAAGCCCUGAAGAAGGCCGAGUGCAAAGUGGAGUUGGUUUUUCAUUGGAUUCAAUCCAUCGUGGUCACCAGCAUUGAUUGUGGCAUCAUGUCUGCACCCUCGCCGAUUCUCACCAGAGCUUACAGCGAGCUGGCCAGCGGCAUGGUGAAGUUUCACGAUUGUUUAAAAAUUGCGCGAAUUGCCGUGCCUUUCCCCUACUCUCAGGCGACGUUGAUGCUUUUGGUGAUCCAUUGGCUGCUGACGCCCUUCAUGAUGACCCUGGGAACUCAAAGCCCUGCGGUGUGCUGCAUUUUUACUUUCGUGACUGUGUUCAUCCUCUGGGUUUUGCAUUCUAUUUCCAUCGAGCUCGAGAACCCCUUCGGGGCAGAUGCCAAUGACUUGGACGUCCAUGACAUGCAGCAUGACAUGAACAACCGACUGCUCCUCCUCUUGGACCCCAUCAGUGCGAUCAUCCCCACCUUGUCGGGGAAUCAAGUGCAGGAUCACGAGCUGCUUCUGGAGAUGGAGCGGAAACGGGAGAUGCCAGCCUUCGACACCAUGUGGCGAAACCUUGCUGGAGAGGUGGAGCAAGGCGGAGACCUGAAGCGCACCCGACGCAGCAGCACCCAGCUGCGGCGCGGCAGCUUCGUGGCCAAGAAGUCGGAGAGCCAGAUCUCGUUGAACACCUACAUGGGCCGCGUCCAAGAUGUCAUCAGCUACAGAGGCUUUCGCCGGGAGAGGAGUCAGGAAGGCACCCCUCGCUUCGUGCGCCGAGAUUCAGUGAAGAGCACCCACACGGAGGGCGAUCUAGCGAUCGAUGUGAGGAGUACUCACACCGAGGCCAUGGACUCUUGUAAGUCUAUGCCCUUGGGCCCUUUGAAGGAAGAGGAAGAGGUCAAGCUGCGAGGCGAAGCGGUGGUCGAGGGGAGAAGCGACCACUCAGCCUGCUCCAGCCAUCCUAGCUCCACGGAACGCGGCAGUGAGUCCGCGCUACCACCCAAUCCUCCCGGCACACCACGGUCCCUGUGGAAGGUGCCCACAGAUGCCCGCGUUCGAGAGGAUUGGGAAUCCGUCUCCGAAUCCGAAGGAUCAAUUGGGGUGCCGCAGCCGCGCAGGGCCUCCCAUCAUGAGAUGCUGGGAGGCAUCUGAGGCAAUGACUACCAGUGAACCUGCGUUUUCUCAGGCAGCUGCCUUGCUCAAAGAAGCAUCCUCUUAGCAGUCUGGCACUUCAAGAAAUGACCGGG